CUGCAUACGUAGAGACGCACAGUCUGCAAUCUGCAUGCACUACUUAUAUCGGUCAGAGAUAAGUAGUGCAUGCUUGUUUUUCGAUGCUUGAUGAGGUUGUUUUUCGAUGCUUGAUGAGCAAUUCGAUGUUGUGACUUGUGGGUAGAUGUGCAGCACCGCCGAAGAGACAAAAGCGCACUAGAUCUAGAGUUAAAUUUUGUUAUCGAUACUGUUAAAAGGGCAUUCAGUUGCAUCGGUUCCGGUACAUUGUAAUGACCAUAGUGACUCUCUGACUGCUGACUGAAUUGAGCAACUGCAAAAGCCAACAUGGCUUUUUCGACUUCCAGGCACAUCCUCAAGACUCUGAAAACCUGCCUUUUGGAUCGCGAUCCCGUAACUUACGGCGUCUGCCCCAUCCCAGCAAAAGAUUAAUUUCGGGCUGUUUUACGGCAAAGGCGACACUGCACGGCAGCUGUAUCUGCACACUGGAACCGACGCUGAGCUGGAGCUUCUGGCGCGUGCCUGCGUAGCGGCCACCUUUGGCAUCAACCAACAGGAUGUCUUCGAUGAGACCUACCGCAAAGCGGGCAAAAUGGACGUUGACGCAUUCGCCAGCAAACUCGACUUGGAGCGCUCGGGAAUUUUGACGCGCAUCAAGAACGAUCUGCUGGAUCGCAACAACUUUGGCAGGCCUGUCGAGUGUGAACUUUACAAGCUGAAUGUCUACGGCACCGGCGGCUUUUUCAAAGCGCACAAGGACACUCCACGGAGCGCUAACAUGUUCGGAUCGCUGGUGAUCGUGUUCCCUACCAAUCAUGCCGGUGGAGAGCUGAUCCUGCGUCACGGCGGAAAAGAGUGGACUUUUGAUUCGGCCAACGAACUGGCGAUGGCUGCCGAGCCGUCGAUCGGGUACGUCGCCUUCUUCAGCGAUGUGGAACACGAAGUGGCCGUCGUGCAGUCCGGGUAUCGCGUCACACUGACUUACAACCUGUACUUUGGCGAAACUCCCGCCCCUCCGAAUGCACUGAUCAACCUGGACGUCAAUCACGAAUAUAUCUUCAAAAGCGGACUGGAACAGCUGUUAGCUGACCCAAAAUUUCUACCGAAGGGUGGGCUGAUCGGCUUUGGUUUGCAGCACGAAUACCCAGUCAAUGCCGCGACGAAGCUACGCGCUGUGCUGGAACGUCUAAAGGGCAGCGAUGCGCUGGUUAAGAAAGUUUGCGAUCAGCUGUCGCUCCCCAUUCAACCAAAAAUUCUGACCAAAACAGACGACUACUACGGCGAUGACGAUGUCUCGGAGGAUUCGGACGAGAACGAGGAGACUGAUGAAGCUAAUGCCUGGAGCACAGAUACCGACGAUCCGAACGUGUUGGCCGUGUUAACCGACCAUGUUGUUGAUCUUUCGAAACUGGGUGAGGUGCAAAAUGCCAGUAGUGAAUUGACGGAUGUAAAAGGCGUCUUGAUUCUUCCCUAUCCCAGUGGCCGAGCGCGUUGGUCUUUGGACAUUGGGACGCAUGAGAAGGUCAAAGACUCCGUCGACAUUCAGUGGAUCACCGAAGUGACAACGUACACCAAUGUGAAAACCGAAUACAUCGCCUUUGGAAAUGAGGCCUCUCUGGGUUACUUGUAUGGCACUGUUUGUCUUGUGGCCAAAAUCGGUCCUGCUGGAAAACGUAGAGUAGAGCCGUUCCGGUCGCCUGAACUUUGGCAUAUAUAAGCAAAUGACGUAUUGAUAAUUUAUGUACGAAGGUGUGCCGAAAUGCAACACUAUUAAUGUUGCAAGUUUAUGUGCAUCUGGCCAUCAGAUAUUCUCGCUCUCCUUCUUCCUGUUAAUCGCCAAUGGUUGCUUUAAUUAAGCCCUGAAGAAAAAGUAACUGACCAACACUCUCCGCGCUGAACAAGUCUUUACCUAUCAGUUUCUCUGUUGUGUUUUUGUGCUCUGUUGUCGGUACUCUGGUGUACCAUAGAAUUGCACCAAUGUUAGCAUAUCAUUACUUUGUUAUUCUCGGUAUUAAAUGCUAC